AGUUUCCCAAAAGCCCGCGCGGCAGGCCUCGGCCGCGCUAAGAUGGCGACUCCCAUGCAUCGGCUGAUCGCCCGGAGACAAGCAUCCGGCACAGAGUUCCAGCCUGUCAAGACCUUUUGGAUCCUGAUUCGGUCAUCCAUCGUAUGCUAUCCCUGUCAGCUUUGUGUCAACUGCAGUGAAGCAAAUAAGCAACAUGUAAGAUGUCAGAAAUGCCUGGAGUUUGGACAUUGGACUUACGAAUGCACAGGAAAAAGAAAAUACCUACAUAGGCCCUCAAGAACAGCAGAACUAAAGAAAGCUUUAAAAGAAAAAGAAAACAGAUUGUUAUUACAACAAAGCAUUGGAGAAACUAAUGUAGAAAAAAAGACCAAGAAAAAAAGGUCUAAAAGCGUAACCAGUUCCAGUAGCAAUAGCAGUGACAGUUCAGCCAGUGAUUCUUCAUCAGAUAGUGAAGAAACGUCUACCUCAUCCUCCUCAGAAGACAGUGACACUGAUGAAAGCUCCUCUAGUUCGUCAUCUUCGGCCUCCUCCACAACCUGUUCCUCCUCCUCUGAUUCAGACUCGGAUUCCAGCUCCUCUGGCAGCAGCAGCACCAGCACAGAUAGCAGCUCUGAGGACGAACCACCAAAGAAAAAGAAGAAGAAAUAGAAUUGCUCCAUGCAUACUGGACUGAUGGACUGAAAACAUUAAUGUGAUUCUCACAAGGGAAUUUAGGAUAUGUUAAGGCCAAACAGGUUAACUGGUCAAAAUUUCUAGAAUUCAAAAGUUUCUAAGUGUUUUACAUUGUAAGAACAUAAAGAGUAUUAAUAAUAAUGCAUAUAUAUGAAGACUUUUUUAUUUUAAGGGUGAAUCUUGUUCUUUUUUUAUCUUUGAACUGUAUCUCUAGAACUUAAUCAAAGCUGAAAUCUGUAAAUCUGUUUUUGUGAUGAAACUGAUUUCUUCUCCCUGUGAAUCAAUGCCAUACUCUGUUACAGGUUAACAGUGUGCAUCGGACGUGUUUCCAGGAUAGUCCAUCAGAGUGUCUGCCAAUGAAUUUCUAAUGCUCCUGGCUGUGUGUUACUGUGUAAGGUUUAAUAUGUUGUUAUGAUAAGCUUGGGGGUUUCCCUACUGUUAGUAAAUGUGCUCUAUUUUUAUGUGGGAGUUUUCCUGCUGUUAGUAAAUGUGCUCUAUUUUUAUGUUUAUCUUCAUAAAGUUACUCUGAUUUUUUGUCCUAAAUAUUAAGUUCAAGGAACCUAUUAAUAUAUGUAUACCUUUGGAAUGCUACUGGUUUCAAGUUGCUGUGUUGUGUCAUUCAUUUUCUUCUGGUUCCUUAAGUUAUCCUUUCCUGAGGAAAAUCGUUCUAGAGGAACCUAAAAAGGGACAAAAAAUCUGAAACUACUUAGGAGUCUAAUCUCAGUGCCUUCUGAUAAAUUCAGUAUAUCAGAAAAGAAAGAAGCCAUGUAAAAGGCUAACUUAAGUAAAAAUGCUAUGUGUAUUAACAUGUUAUAACAUGUAUUGACAUAUGUAUUGACAUGUUAUAAAAGGUACCAUUCAAAGGGGGGAAGAUAGGAGGAAGAGGUAAUUUUUAUAGAAAAUUAGGGCAACGUUUGGUCACCUUUUAUUAAAAGCUUAUUUUAAGCUUUUAUAAAGAUUGCCUUUUGCCAUUUUUGCAAUUAUGAUAUUAUAGUUUUUUUGAUAACUGGUCAUAUAUGACAGUCUACUGCAUAAAUAUGAAUGACUGGGAUUAAUCUGAUGUGUUUACAUAACAUAUGCACAGUUGAUAUCUAGAAUGAAAGGUUAAAAAGAAAAUACUGCACAAUACUUCUUAAAAGUAACAUAUUCUUAUUGUGAGAUUGUUUGGUUUAACAUCACAUUAUUCCGUGAUGUCUUUUAAACUUUUUGGAAAGAGGUAUCAUUUGUAGAAAAAUCUUGAUUUGGGUUAAAUAUAAGUUUGUAAAACUAUAAAUGUUGUCUUUUUUAUAUUUUUAUGAGAAAGCAGUAGAAAAUUACUUUUGAAGAAAAUGAACUUUAUUUAAAUGUUAAAAUAUAUGUAUAUUGUGAGUUUAAGGAGCCUGUAAUUACUUGCAAGUUUUACGGAACCAUCUACUUUCAAUAAUUAUAAAUAAACUCUCAAUAUAUCAUUUCAAGGCUCCAUACAAAAUGGAUCACUUGACAGGUAGAUUUAAUAAAUUACUAAUUAAACACA